AUGAUAGAGAAGGAUGGGUUAACCUCGGCAAUGAAGCAAACAAUUAAGGUCAUCCUUAUUGGCCACACUUCACCCCCACCACCAGCACCAUCCACUGGUCACCAACAACACCAUCAAGAUACAUCACCACCACGUGGUCCGCGAACUCUUCUGCUACGACGUAGCGAAAAUGGCUUCGGAUUUACGCUUCGUCACUUUAUCGUCUAUCCGCCCGAGUCCUGCUGUAUGCUGCCAGGACACGAGCGGACAAAAAUCGAUGAACCUAUGGACACGAUCUUCGUGAAACAAGUUCAAGCUAAUUCACCAGCAGCGGAAGCGGGGCUUCGUACGGGUGAUAGAGUGGUAUCAGUAGACGGUGUGCCAACUCGUGGAGAGCAAUACGCCAGUGUUGUUCAACGUAUCCAGAAAGCAGACCCUUGGCUCAGGCUUUUAGUGGUUUCUAAGGAAGACGAUAUUUUGCAAAGGUACUUUGGGGAAACUGCGCAUAAUCCAGAGACGAACCAACGACCAGCGAGACUAAGGUCGCCUGAAAGAAUUUUACAAAAACAGAGGAGAUCUAUGAGUAUGAUUCCUGGGCCAUCGCCAAAGUCAAGACAGUCUUGGGUUUGUCAGUCUUCUGGUUCAGAAAAUCAAGUGGCGAUAGGGUCUUACCGUAUACGAGACGACGGAUUUAAGGAUCAAGCUGCAAACAAGAUGACGACAUCAGCACCUAAUAUCCAGAGAAGACCUUUAGUAGAAGCACGGAAUCACGAAGGAAUUUAUGGACGCACAGAUGACAGAAGCCAGAGGAGAUCACUGCAACAACAGGAUAUUCUUGAUCCGAUGGGACAGUCAUAUAGAUCUCCACCUGAUACGAGAUUUGAUUUAUAUGACCGCACACGUCCAGAGUCUAUAUAUUCUCGGCCGAGCAGCGAACAAAUCUACGCUAGAAUUAAAGAUCCAAUUUAUGAAAGGGUCCGACCAGAUUUAAAUACAUUUAGUAAAUCAUUGGAUCAUCAGUAUCCUAUUUCUAGAGCAGAGCCUCAGGUUCCUAUUUAUCGGCCUGGAAGACGUGUCGUGACAAGAAGAGCAAGUGAAGGAAGUGGUCCAGUUGAAUCUGAAGCACCAGCAUAUACCGCAUCUGAUAGUCUUAAAGCAGCUGAUCCAGAAUCUAGAUUAAGCAUAGAAUCAAGAAGAGAUUCUUCGCCAAUCAGUAAAGAUAGUAGUAUGUCCUCAUACGACUCAACUUCUACUCUCACGGGGAACGAAUGUUCCGACGAUUCUAUCAUGACAAGGCUACGGAAAAGCUUUGAACAGAAAGAAGAAUUUCUACGAAGACCGAGUCAUCCAAUUGGAUGGCUUUUACCCGACGAAGAUACCCGAAUAAACCAGAAUCAAGGUGUCAUUCAGAGAGAGUUCUAUGCUCGACCGCAGAAAUUGCAGCGACAAGUUUGGCCGCCAAAUGAACAAAAUCAAUCUCAACAAGAACAGACUCAUCAAUCUUCGAAUAAAAGCACUUUGGAGAGGACAAAAAAUUUUAAGCCAACGAAUCAGAAUGUUCAGAGAGUUCGUGGUGAUAUGGAGUCGGGAAUUGAUGGGUCUAGUUCUGCUGAGGUGAAUAAAAAUGGCGAACGUAGUAGUCUAGAAGAUACGCAAACAAUGAGAGAUAGAUUUUACUCAUCAUUAUAUGAUAAUAAUGGUGAAUUUAUUAAAGAAAAUCAUUACCCUUAUAAUACUAUUACAAAGAGUAAUGAAGUUCAAGGUCGUACUACUCCUAAUUCAUCACCACGAAGUUCCGCUAACAACAAGGCCGCUUUUGUUACAACCUUGACAAGGAUUCAUGAAAAUGUUGGACAACAGCAACCACUAGGAGGUCAUGAUAUAAAAAAUGGUACAACGUCACUGCCUUCAUCACCUGGGCUUGAUAAAAAGUCGUCUGACAAAUUUCCAGUGCCGCCUCAGGGUCUUCAAAUUGUAUCACGAAGAGCUAAACAGUUUGAAUCUGGUAGAUUACUCAGCGACGAUGACGAACCCACUAGCGAUCGUACGAAUUUAUAUAAAAGCGAAUUAUCAAGAUUAUCAAAUAAACGAAGUGUUCCGAAUGUUGCUGUGAGAAAAAGGGAAUUUGAAUCGAAAGCUGAAUCACAAGAGUUGAGAAGAAUUACGGCAAAUCGUGAAAGUAAAUCAUUGGAUUCUGGCAAAGGAUUAUCAGGAAAUCGAAUAAUUCCUAUAGGCAGCAAAUACAUCCACUGUGAACCACCGUCAGGUUAUAAAGAUGAAAAAGAACCACCAGGCAUGGAUAUGGAACCGGUUCGGUUGCGAGCGAGAAGUAAUAGUGCUGAAUCUUGGGAAGCCGUGAACGGAGGAACGACCCGACGAGGCGUUAGACAUACCUGGCAGACAGAACCCGACGAUCCAGAGGGCGAAACACGAAACACUAAGGCAAAGAGACAAGACAGCUAUCUCCAGGCUGUUAGAAACCACCUCGAGAAAGAGUCGAGUAGUCCUCGACCAAGUGAAACAACUGAAGACAAGAAUGAGAAGACAAAAGCCACGCAGCCAAGUGUAACUGUCUUUACUCCAACAAUAUCAACAGAAGUUGCGAAGACGGAGGGUCAAGUUUUGAUGCCAACAGUUACUAUAAGUCCUCCUCCAUCAACACCACCAGUUAGACCCAAUCAACUUCCUAUCCCAAAUCCUCAUCGUCCCUUAGAAAAUCGAGAGAGCACAUUCAAUCAUCAGCAUCUAUCACCAUCAGAUCAACAUAUUGUGGACGACACAAAAAUAACUGGCAAGACCUUAGUUCCUGGCACUAAUACCACGUCCAACGGUGUAGUUUUGAGGCGACAAAAAAAUACACAAAUAACUGAUGAGGAACGGGCAACUAGACGAGUAUCUUAUCUAAAAGCCACUUGGGGUGAACGGAUGCACGUGGACAGUGAUUUAGAAUUGAGUGAUUCUGAGCCAGUGGUUCAAGCUCUUCGAAGCGCUCACAGGCGAUGGCGACCGCCACUGUUUCCUAGCGACAUUACGCCACUUCGGCGUAUCUUCGAGGAUGUUACUCAAGCUGCGUCUCUGCAUCUCCACUAUCAUCGCAACAGCAUUGCAAAUACACAUGGUGGUACCACAUGUGGCGCCGGGACGCCGAAGGACGUCGAACCGGUCGAGCGAGAAGGAUCCCUUCACGUCAAGUUUACGGUGCUCGAUGGCAAGAGAUCAACUGAUCGUUCCUGGAAGCAGGUAUGGGGAGUUCUUCGUGGUCCUAUUUUGUACUUCUAUAAGGACCGUCAUAGUCAGAGCCCUUCAACAACAAGUGACAAUGAUGUUGGACAACAUGUGGAUGUGAGAUGUUCUCUAGUUGAUGUUGCUGAUGACUAUACAAAAAGAAAACAUGUCUUUCGUGUGGCUAAUUCAACUGCGGAAGUUCUUCUGCAAACUGAAGAUACUGCGUCAAUGGCACUCUGGUUAAGAGCUCUUCAUAAACAUGCUGCAGCUGAGAAAUCAACAGAUAUCAAUUCGAGUACAUUGAAGCAACAAGCAGUACCACAAACACCUGGACCAACGACACCAAGUUCUGCUAAUCAAGCUGGUGGACAAAGAUUAAGUCCACUCCCGAGUCACAAAGGAAUUAGGAAAUUAACAUCAUUUAGGAAUCGUUCGCCAACUGGUCAAUCACCUGCGACAAAAACUCGUAAGCCAAGCCAGACUGUCGAACCAUUACAAUCACCAAAAUCUAAGACAUGGAAGGGUCGAGUAGCGAAACAGCUAAGACGUAUGCACGGUCAAGUUGGCUCGCCAUCAUCGCCAACAGCACAAUUACCACCCGAGGGUGCAACUUUCAAAGUUCCUUUGGAACUGUGCCCACCAUCUUCGUUCUCCGAGUUUGUGCCUCUGAUCGUUGAAAUGUGUACGAGCAUCGUUGAAGCAAGGGGUCUCGAGGUUAUUGGAAUUUAUCGAGUGCCUGGAAACACUGCGGCUAUUUCUCAACUCACUGACAGUGUCAACAAAGGCUUUGAGAACAUUAAUUUGCAGGAUCCACGGUGGAGUGAUGUCAAUGUAAUAUCUUCGCUCUUGAAGUCUUUCUUUCGACAACUUCCUGAUUCUCUAUUGACAGCGGAUUUAUAUCCAAUGUUUAUUGACGCGGAUAAAAUUGAAGAUCCUCAAAGACGGAUGUCAACCAUUAGAAAACUCUUGAGAGACUUGCCAGAACAUCAUUUUGAGACUCUCAAGUAUUUGAUGUUCCAUUUGAAGAAAGUUGUGGAGCAUAGUGAAGUGAAUAAAAUGGAGGCAAAAAAUUUGGCUAUCGUGUUUGGUCCAACUUUAGUUAGAGCUAGUGGUUCAAGGGACAACAUGGUUACGAUGGUUACAGAUAUGUCUCAUCAGUGUAGAAUUGUCGAAAGCUUAUUGAACAAUGUCGAUUGGUUCUUCUGUGAAGAAGACUUAGACGACUUGAGUAGAUUAAGUGUCAAUCUUAGCCUUCCUGCCGAUGGUAGUGAAGUAGAAACAUCCAAUACCAAUCACAACCUUCUUCUAAAUAACAUUCAAAAAGUUGAAGGCAUGCGUGAAAUGGUCUCAGCUAAGGACAUUGUAUCUUCAAUCAUAUCCGCAGCUAACCGAAAAAUACAGAGGCGAAGGAAAGGACCAGAAGAGCAAGAAAGUGAAGAUCAUGAAGAUGAAAAGGCUAAAACAAAGCAGGAGGAACCUCUUGGAGUUAUUCGACAAAGCAUGGCAUUGAAUGAACGUCAAUGUUCAGUCAGUGAAAUAGUAUCGAUGCAUGAAAACAAAAGCCAAACAAAUACCCCGCAUGAAAAGUUGGAUCGCAGUUCUGGAGUUAACAGUGCGAAUGCAAGUCCUCUUAAUAGCUCAAAUAUAUCAAAUCGAUCGAAAUAUUCCAGCAGUUCCCAAAGCCAAUUACAAUCGCAGCCACUGUGUACGUCAUUGAGCUCAGAUUCUCCAAGAAUGUCGACUGAGGUUGGAACAGGAAGUUUGGAUACUGUUUCAAAUAUAUCAACUAUUUCAAAUACAUCCAACGAUACAAAGCAGAGCAACGAUGAAGUAGCUAUACGGACUUAUGCAGGACUGAGUGCAACAACUCGAGAGAGAAUACGAAGGUUUGAGCAAGAAACUAAAGCAAUGCUACAACGUGAUCAACAUCGACAACGACGUGAAGCGGAAAAACAUGAAGAGGAACGAAGAAGAAUUGAAAUGGAAUGGCAACUGGCGAAGCGAGAGAUGGAGAAUGAUGAUAUUCUCGACGAACUAGAGACGACAGUUGGAUCGCCUUAUCUUGCAGAUGAACUGUCCAACUUGAAUGAAAGAUUUGCAGAGAGAUCGGUUAUAGAUAAUAAUGGUGACAGGCAUCGGUCAAAAUCUACUACAAGAUUGACACCAUUAUCUAUAGCAGUACAACAACAGCCUACUGCUAGACAAAAAGCUCAAGCCACCAACCAAUUGAGUAGUAUUAUUGGAGAAAAAAUAAACAAUGGAGUUGUUAAGAAAUUCAAAACGGACAAAGAAUCGUCUUUGGAGUCAUUAACAAAAGCUCGAUAUGGCAGUUUAGAUUCUCUGCACGAAGUUCACACUUCUCCAUCACCAUCGCAUCAAACUCGUGGGAUACCCGGCGACAUCUCAGAUGAUGGUAGCGAUCUCUUGACCAGCCUUACGUCGACGUUUGAUCGAAAGUGGAAGUCUCUUGUCAAUCCAUCGAAUCUCAGUGUAACAUCUACUGAAAGUACUAGUGGUACAGUUUCUCACGAAAAGCCAAGUAAUUACGAAGACAGCGAUCGUAAUCAAUCUACUCGUUCACUGAAAGUCUAUCGUGAUCCUAGUCUCCAUAAAUCUCUCAUCGACAAACAUUCAGCUCGUAUCAAGAAUGAUGCGUUGGAGAAGGAUAAAAAUUCAACAGUUGAAAGUUUGGAGAAGAAAUCUAAAGAAGAUUCAAUUACACCUGAUAAUGAUCGUAAUAUUAUUCUACGAAAUACUGUUGAAUUGAAUACAGCAGCUACGGAUUCAUCAGAUGGCGGUUCUUUACUCGAUGCAACUGAAAAAGAUGAAGAUCCAAAAGAAGGAACACCAAAAUCCAAACAUUUAGAAAUCAAUAAGACUCAAGAUAAAGUAGAAUUACCAUCAAUUUCAAAUGAGGAUACCAAAUCUAAUUUAACUGAUGCCAAGGAGGAAAAAGCAUUAUUAGAUUCAUCGUACUCAAACAAAUUAGAAAAGUUUGAAAGUUUGAGCCAAGCCAAUGAGUCACGAUCGAGAUUGAAACGAUCUGAAUCUCUGAACAAACGAACAGAAAUUGCUUCAUCUAAACUAAAAAGGUCUGAAAGUUUGAAUAAACAUUCUGAUAGACUUGCAUCACCAACUAAUGGUAAAUUAAAACGUUCAGAGAGUUUGAAUAAACAUGCAGAAAGAUCAGAAUCACCAAAUAUGAAGCUCAAACGAUCAGAAUCGCUGACAAAGACCGAAAAAACGGAAUGCAAUAUUAGCAAAAGACGACAAUCAGUUAGAAAAGAGAGUGCUACAAAGCUCAAAAGAAAAAAUGGGAUGCCAGAACGAUCGAUCAAACGACGACAUACUGUAGGAGGUACAAAAGAUUUUGAUAAAGUUCACUGGCUUGACAAUAAAUUACAGUCUGAAAAUGAACGAGUUAUUAAAAACGAUUCAAAGCCGAAAAAAAGUCAACUGAGAACAAGUUCACCUGAUUUAAGUAGUAAUCGGGUAAAUGUUGCAGACACUAGUUUUCUCAUUGAAGUAAGCUUCCGUGGACCAAGUAAUGUUGUUUUUAAUGUCACCAAUGCUCGACCACAGUCGUUGCCCGAUGCUAAUUUAGCAUCUAAAGUUUUUAAAGUACCUCUCGAGAGUCACGUAUAAUAUAAAUAUUUAACUUGAAUUAAAUUAUUGGACUAAAUGAAAAGAAAAGUAUGAAAUUUUAAUAAGUAUUCUUCAUGAAUUCUAAAUCUGCCAAUUAUCUUUAAGAAUAUCAUCACUCAAACGAACAUUAACCAUAUCCAAUAACGAAAACAAUGAAGCAUUUAAAAAUUAUAAUUGCUAUACAAUCAUUUUAAUGCUAUUUAUUUUACAUAAAAAUUGAUGUAAAAAUCACAUCUUAAAUACUCAAAAACAGUUUAUCUUGUAAAAAUAAGAUUGACAAUGUAUUAAGUGAUGUAAUUGCUAAGUAUUAGAUGUGAUUUCAGCUGAUGUAUUUUAGUAAACUCGAACGAUAAGCUAGCGAAGCUUUAAAAUAAGAAAAGUAAUGAUAAAACAAAUCGUACCGAACAUGGUAUUUACAUCGUGUCAAUUAUUUACACAUCAUAAAUGUAAAUUGUGAUCGUGCAAUUUUUUCUGUAUAUACAUUUUUAAUAGUUUCGUGAUAGUAAUUAGCACUUUUGCGUAACAUAAAUUUUCAAAUUAAUAUUUUAAUAAUAAUUUUACAUGUUCUUGCAAAGUACUAAAAUACGCAAAGUAGUUAAUUAGUCAUACUUAAAGUUGAAUUAUCUUGUUAUUUGAAUGGCGGUAAGAUCUUGUGUUAAUUACUGCAAUAAAAUGCAUCAAAUUCACCAGAAGUUAAAAGCAAUUGUACAUAUUUAUAUAAGCUUAUGUAUGUAUAUUAUAUAUUAUAUAUUAAAUAAUAAACAAACAAAAAUUAUUAAAAAAAAAAAAAA